UGAUUUGAUGAAUGAAUGAAUGAUGACCAGAUCCUGAGUGUGAACGGAGAGGACAUGCGGAGUGCCACACAGGACAACGCUGCUGCUGUGCUCAAGACUGCCCAAGGAACGGUAGUCCUGACCAUAGGGCGGCUGAAGGCUAGCUCCCAGGCUUCCCGAAGGACCUCCAUGGCCAGCUCCAGUAGCCACACUCUAGACAAGGCUGGAUCCACCGGUAGCAUGGACAGGGCUGGCAUCAUCACAGGGCCACGCAGGGUGGCUGCGGCCGCAGACUCUGCCGACUUCCCCACGGAGGGGGUGCGUAUGGUGGAGAUGUACAAGGGGCCGCAGGACUCCCUGGGGGUGAGCAUCGCUGGGGGGGUGGGGAGCCCCCUGGGGGACGUCCCCAUCUUCAUCGCCAUGGUGCAGGCCAAUGGGGUGGCAGCGCAGACACAGAAACUCAGGACUGUUGACUGUAAAACAGUCAUUGCUUCGGUGGUAGUAUUCUGA